CCUCCCCGCAUCAAACAGUCACGGCACGACGAUGCUUUGAGGCUCUCCAAACUCUCCUUUUCUCUCGCUUCCUCAUCCAGCCUCCACCGGCGCGAGCCCACCAUGAACCCCGGUGGACGUCCAGCCCAGGCCGGCCCGGAGAGGAAGAAAAGCUCGCUGUGGUACAGACGUUCAUUCAAGGGCAGCAACGACCACCAAAGACAGCGAUACAGCAGCGACUCACUGCCCAGAGCAGCCAAGUCCAAACAAUUCCUGGUUGACUAUUCUGAUCCACAGAGAAUCACAAUUGUCCUGGAAAAGGAAGACAAUGAAACAUUUGGGUUUGAAGUUCAGACCCACAGCCUGCAGCUGAGAAGCAGCUCCGCAGUGGAGGUGUGCACGUUUGUGAGCAGGGUGGAGGAAUACAGUGCUGCAGAGACUGCCGGCCUGACCACAGGAGAUGUGAUCAUCACCAUCAAUGGCGACAGCAUUGAAGGAUUCUGUCAUCCGCACAUCCUCGGUUUGAUAAGAGGAUCAGCCAACAGUUUAAAGUUGGAAACUGUAUGCGGUAGUGUGGUGAAGUGGAUCGAGCUGGAGAAGAGGGUGAACCAGCUUAAGCAAUCGUUGAGUGAGAAACUGGUGGAGCUGCAAGCGCUCACGCUACGGGAAGAACGCCUAAUUCGUGGCCCUUCGAAAGAAAACAACCUCCCCACUGAUUCCUCAGACGUUCAGAACUCCCCUAUGGGCCACCGCAGACUCCACUUUUCCAGUGACAGCAGCUACAGGGGCCUGAUGACGGACGACAGCGAUCAGGGCAGCGUAUUCGGAGACCUGAGCUCGCCAAGCCCUUGUAGCACGGCCAGCGCCAUCCAAGAAGAUAACUUCUUCUGGCGCAAGUAUUCGUCCAGCUCCAGUCAUCUCCAUCACACCAUCGGCCGGUCCAGCAGCUCCAGUUUGGCCAGCAGCAGCGGUAGCAGCAUCGGCUCGCAGUCUCCCACCUGGGAUAAAGCGAGGAUCUCCUCUUUGUUUGGUACUCUGCCCAGAAAAGGCAAACGGACCAAUGUUCGGAAAAACAUCCUCAAGCUGAUUCCUGGACUGCAUCAGAGAUCGGUUGAAGAAGAGGAGACUUAAGGGGCCUUUACGCGACGCCAUUGUCACCAUUUACAGUAUACGACAGUUUGCAACUUCAAAAACACAAUUGAAGCUUAAUUUAGAAGUCAGUUCUGCUUAAACGAUGAAAACUGAGGACAUGCAGAUUCAUCUUGAGGGGUGGUUCACAUAACGAUUUUCAACAUCGUAAUGGAUUUUUUUGAACAUGAAAGACCCCACAAAAGACAAGGAAAAAUUGCCGCGUGUGCUAUUCCUGCUCUUAAAGUAUGUGGUGUACUCGAGAUGAUCAACACAGCACACCACACACACAACUCAUAUUUCCACUGACCGUAUCGCUUGUCUCCUCCCCAAGCAGCUCAUGGUGAAAAAUCACUCAUACCACACCCACGCAACAGAAUAUCGGGUCGACCAACACAGCGCACCACACACAUCUCCAUUGACAAUCGUGAAUCUCUUCAGCAAAACCAAAAAUCUAAUCCCAAAAUUGACCUGUGAGAGACUGAUUUUCAAUCAGAUUGAGGAUUAAAAAUCCUUCUUUACACCCCUGGCCCACACCAAAUAAUCUUACUCCUCUUACAGUGUGUGGUGUAUUUCAGAUCCACGUAGCACACCACACACGCAAUAAUAUCUCCAUUGACAAUUGUGAGCCUCCUCCCCGAGCAGAUCAAGAACGGUUCCUCUUAACACAACCCAAACCAAUGGAUAAUCAGUCAGGAUAAUAUUUUCAAGACAUCCGAUAAUCGGGCUGACCAAUAGCACACUACACACAUACGAUAUCUCUGACAAAUGCAAGUGUACUCCCCUCUUACCUGGGAGACGUCUGAGCAGAUCGAGGAUGGAAAUCCGUCAUAACAUGCCCUACAAAGGAUAAUCGGUCCGGAUAAUUAAGAGAUCCGAUAAUUGGGCUGAAAACACAGCACACCACACACAACAAUAUCUCCAAUGACAAUUGUGAGUCUCCUCCCCCAAAACAUGACUGCCGUACCUAUGAGAAAGACUUUGUAAGGGAAACAAAUGCUCAGAUCUGUCCCGAGUAUCGAUAUGUUUGUACCCCGCUUUCAGUGUUUUGAGUGUCACCACCAAAAUGGUAAUGGGAGAUGGAUGACAAAUCCAAUGUUCCUGUUUCUACAAAGUGGUUAUGUUAAUAUACACUUUAUGAUCUGUGUUGGCUGUUUAAAUUGGAUUAUUGGUGUUUCUCCGCACUUAGCACUCACCAUGUUUGUGGAUUUGUGGUGGGUGGCACAAAAGCAUUAUGAAAACGUCUCUUGAGUGUGCACUGAAUGUAUCUUCACAAGUGUUCCCAGAUGCUAUAUUCUACAGCAUCCUACUAUCUUGAAUAAAAGAGUAAAUGUG